CAGGAAGUCAAGUUAACUUCCGGUUAGGACCAUUCACCAAACAACGAACAGUAGUUUCCGAAUUGAUUCUUUAAAUGUAUUUAAUAAUAAAAGGAUAAUAAUCCCCCAAGAAAAGAUUCAAAAUGCAAGAGGUUGUCGCACCGUCAGGCCAUCUACGAUUUGAUGUAGAAAUAGCCCUUGAACAGCAGAUUGGUGCACAAGUAUUGCCAUUUCCCGGAAUGGAUAAAUCUGGAUCAGGAACCUGCACUUUUUAUUUAGUAACAGGUUGCAAUAAAGGAACAGCCUGUCCUUUCCGUCAUGUUAGAGGAGACAGAACAGUUGUUUGUAAACAUUGGCUCAGGGGUUUAUGUAAGAAGGGUGAUGAUUGUGAAUUUUUACAUGAGUAUGAUAUGACAAAGAUGCCUGAAUGUUAUUUUUUCUCCAAAUUUGGUCAGUGUAGUAAUAAAGAAUGUCCUUUCCUUCAUAUUGAUCCAGAGAAAAAGAUUAAAGACUGUCCUUGGUAUGAUCGAGGAUUUUGUCGUCAUGGUCCUAACUGCAAAAAUAGACAUAUGAGAAGGGUUUUAUGUCAGAACUACUUAAAUGGUUUUUGUUUAGAAGGUCCAAAAUGUAAAUUUGUACAUCCUAAAUUUGAUUUACCGAUCGCAGAUCAGACACAACAAACUAAGAAGACAAAUAUAACAUGUCAUUUCUGUGGUGAACAAGGUCAUAAAGCAUUACAAUGUAUUAAGAUGCCUUCUCAAGCUAAAGUUGAACAACAACAGCUGGCACAACAGAUUCAAGAACAGCAUCUAAUGGAUGGCAGACGACCACUAGAUCAAGUAACAUGCUACAAGUGUGGUGAAAAGGGUCAUUAUGCUAAUAAGUGCCCUAAAGGACAUUUAGCCUUCCUUAGUCAAUCACUGGUGACAGCUCAAUAACAUUAAAUAAUUGGACAGUUCUAUGUAUAUGUGUAUUGUGAACUUUUAAAGCGUGAAUGUUUAUACUGUUAAAAACUAGCUGGAUAUGCCUGUCACAGUAACCAUCCCAAAAAUAUAGCUUUUUAAAUAAACAGUAUGUAAGACGUUUAAAAACAACAAUAUUCUGAAUUGUCAAUCAUCAGAUAUGGUUAAAUGAUGGAGAAAAACCAAGAAUAAAUGCCAUUGUUAUGUACAAAAUUA